AUGUUACUAAAGGGAGCUGAUAACGGUGACCAUGUAGCAGCUACCUUUGGUGCCGGAUUGGGAUAUGCUUGCGUAGUCGACGUGGGAGAUCAAAAGACUUCUGUUUCGUGCGUCGAAGAUGGAAUAUCUCACCCUAACACGAGAGUGCGGUUGGAUUACGGAGGCGCUGAUGUAACGCAAGCAUUCUUCUGGAUGCUUCAGAAGUGUGCUUUUCCAUAUAAGGAUUGCGACCAGAAAAAACCACAGGAUGUAAUGCUACUCAAGCAACUGAAAGAGGAAUAUUGCCAUGUCAAUCUAGAUGUUUGCGGUUCAUUGGAAAGAUCUUUCACUGUACAAAAUUCACAACAAGCCAAAUGCAAAUACACCCUGCAAGUUGGCGAUGAAGCAAUCGUAGCACCGUUGGGGCUGUUUUACACCGAGCUAUUUUCGGUUACAGGUGCGAAUAGAUCGGUUCCAAAAACACAAAAACCUAGCGCGGCACAGCCGCACCCAGAGGAUUGCUUCGAUGCGGAAUAUCUUCGGGAAACGGGUCGAAGGGGAAAAGAAAAUUUGGAACAAACGACCAAUGAAAGUGGUCUCGGAAACACGGAAAACCAGGAUGAGGAAAUGGUUGUCGAAGGACUCGACCAGGAGAAGGAAGGCAAGGCUAGCGAGAAGGAUUUUAUUUUACCGAGUGGACAAAUUAUCGGAAUCGAUCAGGCGGUCUUGCAAAGCAUCGAACGAUGUCCGAACGACGAAUUGAAACGCAAAAUGUAUGGCUGCAUUUUGGUUGUUGGUGGUGGAAUGAAAUUCACUGGCAUAAGUAAUUGGUUGCAGAACCGGGUAGCCUUGAAAAUUCCUUUGAUGUUCCGAUCGGAGCAUAAUAUUGUGACCAGUUCAAAGGAUAUCGACCAGGAGAUUACUGCAUGGAAGGGAGCAGCUAUAAUGUCUUGUUUAGAAAGUGCCUCGGAACUGUGGCUCUCCGAACCUGAAUGGACCCGGUACGGGCUUCGGAUAUUGCGCGAAAAAGCGGUAUUUAUGUGGUAG